AUGAACAACUAUCGACCAAUAUCUUUUAUUUCUGUAGUAGCAAAGAUUUUUGAAAAGUUUACUUUUGAGCAGUUGUAUGAGUAUCUGAACAACAACAAUCUAAUAUCUGCGUCUCAAUCUGGAUUUCGAUCAUUGCACAGUACACUAACUGCCCCAAUAGAAGCCACGGAUAAUCGGUCAAUAAAUAUAGAUAAAGGCCUUCUUAACGGAGUAUUUUUUAUCGAUCUUAAAAAAGCAUUUGAUACUAUUGAUCACACCAUUCUUUUACGGAAGUUACGAAUUUGUGGCGUUGAUGAAAAUGGUAUCAAAUUCUUCGAAUCAUACCUAAGCAACCGCAGUCAAAGAUGUUGCGUCAAUGGUGAGUUAUCUGAAACUGCUAAAAUAACCUGUGGGGUACCACAAGGCAGUAACUUGGGACCUCUAUUGUUCUUAAUAUAUAUAAAUGAUUUGCCUAAUUGUCUCGACAGAGCCUCUCCAAGAAUGUUUGCUCACGACACUAAUAUUAGCAUCGCAGCAAAUUCCGUCACGGAGCUUGAGCAAAUAAUAAACUCCGAAUUGAAAAAUCUUCAUCAAUAG